GCUUUCUCCAUUGUUUACAACGACCUGCUUCCUCUGUUUCAAUCCUCGUAUCGUACUUGCCAUCAUCACUCCCCAAAAAUGGCUUCAGACAGCAAGGAGGUGGUCAAGGAGUUCCCGUUCUUCAAAGUCUACAAGGAUGGCCGCUUGGAAUUCCUCAUGCCUCCCGUCGAGAAGAUCCCUCCCUCCGAUGACCCCGACACCGGCGUCCGGUCCAAGGACGUCGUCAUCUCCUUGGACCCUCCCGUCUCCGCCCGGAUCUUCCUGCCCCGCAUCCCCGACCCGGCCCGGAAACUCCCCCUCCUCUUCUACACCCACGGCGGCGGGUUCUGCACGCAGUCCGCCUUCUCUCGCAAAUACCACGACUUGGUCAGCACGGUCGCGGCCGAGGCCGGGGCGAUCGCCGUCUCCGUCGAGUACGGGCUCUUCCCGUCUCGCCCCAUACCGGCCUGCUACGACGACUCCUGGGCCGCGCUCCGGUGGGUGGCGGGCCACGCCGGCGGGGACGGGGCGGAGCCGUGGCUGAACGAGCACGCCGACUUCGGGCGGGUCUUCAUGGGCGGCGAGAGCGCCGGGGGGAACAUACCGCACACGCUGGCCGCCCGGGUCGGGUCGAUCGGGCUGCCGCAGGGCGUGAAGGUGGUGGGGAUCGUAUUGGUGCACCCGUUUUUCGGCGGGACGGUCGACGACCAGAUGUGGAUGCACAUGUGCCCGACGAACGGCGGGCUGUCGGAUCCGAGGCUGAAGCCGGCGAGGGAGGACCUGGCGAGGCUGGGGUGCGAGAAGGUGCUGGUGUUCGUGGCGGAGAAGGAUCACCUGAGGGAGGCUGGAAUUGGGUACUACGAGGAGCUGAAGAAGAGUGGAUGGAGAGGGAGCGCGGAGCUGGUGGAGAAUGUCUGGGAAGAGCACUGCUUUCACCUGCGCGAUCCCAAGCACGAGAAGGCCGUGGAGUUGAGGGACAAGAUCGUCUCCUUCAUCAAACACAACUGAUUAAUCUCAGCCAUGAAAUUCGAGUGAUGUUUGAUCCGCGGGAUCAAUUUACUCUCCCUGUUUAGGUUCUUUCUAAUGGCUCGCGCGUGAUGAAUCUGGAUGAUUGGAUAUCUACCUAUCUUUGUAAGUUUCUCUAA